AUGUCGGAAGCUCCAGCAGGCGGUGGUGGUGGUGGUGAAGGCGGCGGCCGUGGUGGCGGCCGUGGCGAAGGCGGUCGCGGUGGAUUUGGCCGUGGCGGCCGAGGACGAGGCCGUGGUCGAGGUGGACGCGGAGGUCGCCGUGGCCGUGACGAAGAGAAUGUCUGGACUCCCGUUACCAAGUUGGGACGUCUCGUCAAGGAACAAAAGAUUGGCUCCAUCGAGGAGAUCUUUCUCUUUUCCUUGCCGGUCAAGGAGGCUGAAAUCAUUGACUACUUUUUGAAGGACAAGCUCCAGGAUGAAGUCAUGAAGAUCAUGCCUGUCCAAAAGCAAUCUUCGGCUGGUCAGCGUACCCGUUUCAAGGCUUUCGUCGCUGUUGGUGAUUCCGCGGGACAUUUGGGCUUGGGCGUCAAGUGCUCAUCUGAAGUCGCCACUGCCAUUCGUGGUGCCAUUACGGCUGCCAAGCUCAAUGUCGCUCCUGUCCGUCGUGGAUACUGGGGACGUAUCAGUGGUAUGCCUCACACUGUUCCCUGCAAGGUCACUGGAAAGUGUGGUUCCGUCCGUGUUCGUUUGAUCCCUGCUCCUCGUGGUACCGGAUUGGUUUCCUCCCCUGCUGGAAAGAAACUCUUGCACAUGGCAGGUGUGGAUGAUUGCUACUCCAGUUCGUGUGGUCACACACGUACCAUGGGUAACUUUAUCAAGGCCAUCUUUUAUGCCCUUCGUGCUACCUACGGAUACUUGAGCCCGGAGCUCUGGAAGGAGAAUCCCCUCCUCAACAAUCCUUACCAGGAGCAUACCGAUUUCCUCUCCAAGAAGCAAUUGGCUUAG